CGCUCCCCCCGCCCCUCACGGGUCCCCCCGCACGGGCCCCCGGCCCGCCCCGAGCCCCCCGGCCCCGGCAGCUCCCGGACUCCGCCGCGGGGCCUGCGGCAGCACAUGGAGCGGCACGUCCCCGUCCACGCGCUGCCCGAGGAGAUCCGCAAGAUGUCCCGGGACGAGACGGUUUGUAAAUACUGUGGGGUCAGCUACCUGAUCCUCCACGAGUUUAAGGUGAUGGAGGAGAAAGUCAAAGCAAUGGAAAAGGAGAUAAAGUUUUAUGAAGGAAGCAUCGAACGGGAGCAGAGGCUCCAGGCUGAAUUACAGGCCCUGUACCGAGACCUGGAGCGCUACCGAGCUGCCAGUGAGUCCAAAAGUGAAAGAAUAAAAAGCCUGACAAUGGAACUGAAAACCAAGCAAGAGGAGUUUAAAAAUGUGAAAGCUGAUUUGCAGUAUUUCCAGGAGGAGAAGGAAUCGGCCUACAAACAAUCCCAGGUGCUCAGAAGUACCUUGGAACACCAUUGCUCAACUCUGAACAAGGCUGUCUCCCUGUUCCCUUUCAUCAGAAGUGAGCUGGACAGCAUUAAAGAGGUCAUCUCCACUAACCUGGAGAACUGGGCUGCCAUGAAAGAGGAAAUUUCUCUGCAGAUAAAAACUGUGAGCAAAGAAGCUCUGACAGAAAUACCCAAAUUGAAUCAAAGAUUGGCAAAAUCCCAGAGGGAGAACGAGUGUCUGCAGGAGAAGGUCAAACACCUGACAGGGGUGGCCGACACGGUUGAGCUGAAAACCCAACAGCUCCAAACUUCCCUUCAGCAAGGGAACGAGCUCCAGAGCAGGUGCCGUGAACUGCAGAAGGAGACAUUGGAUUUAACAAAUCAAGUGGAGACAACUGGGCUGCAGCUGCAGAAGGUGACGGCCGAGCUGGACCACUACAAGAAGCUGUUAAUGAUGAAAUCAACAGAACUUGAAGUCUGUCAAAAUGAACUGAAAAAGAUGAAAUACGAAAACGGAAUUUCUGAGUCAAGGCUCACCAAAGAGCUCAAGGAAAAGGAGGAAUCCCUUCUAAUUUGCCAACAAGUCUGCAAACAUUUACAGGAGGAAGUGGCUGAGAAGGAGAGGAAAGAAGAAGACCUGAAAAGAAGAACUGGGCGAUCAGAGAGUGAACUGGAGACACUGAAAACUCUGCUGAGCCAAACAGAGGAGGAGGUGGUGAUGCUGAAACAGGAGAGGGAGCUGAUGGUGGUUUCCCACCAGACCAGGACGGAGCAGCUGCAGGAAGCGCUGAGGCAGAAGAUGAGGAGUGAGGAGACCUGGAGGGAGAAGCUGGAAAUGGAUCUGGCCAAAGGAGAGGCUCGGCAGAAAGAGGCAAUUCUGAAAGUCAAGGAGGAGGCCAGGGUGGAACUGGACUUGGAGAGGCAGAAACAGCAGGAGCUGAUCACAAAGUACCAGCGAGACCACGAGGAGCUGCAGAAGAAGAUACCAGGUUUAAUAUCCAGUGCCACCAAGAGCUUAAGGAUGGAGACAGAAAUCCUUGAGAAGAAGCUCCAGGAUGCCCAGAUGAAACUUGCAGAGAAAGAUGGAGACAAGGAGAAAGAAAUUCAGAGCCUUAAAAGACUGAUCAGUGAACUUGAAUUUCAGCUGACGAUGGAAAAGAACAACAAUGAAUCAUUUCUGGAUAAACUGAGGAAAGAAAUGAAGCACAAGUCAGAUGAACUGGAAAAAUUAACCCAGGAGAGGACACAGCUGAUUCACAGCUUGAGUCAAGUCCAGGAGGAGAAUUCCCUGCUCCAGGAGACGGUGCGCCGGGAGUGCGAGGAGCGCUGCGGGCUCACGGCCGCGCUCAGCAGGGCCCGCGAGCAGGUGCUGGAGCUGCGGAGGCUCAGCGGGACCUUCCCGGGGCCGCCCUGGCCCCGCUCCCGGGCCGGCCCCGCUCCCGGCAGGGAACUGCGGCUCCCCGGAGCCCUGGGAAUGCCCAGAGCCGCCAAGGGAGCCGCUGCCGGCCGGCACAGCCCGGGGUCGGCGGGGCCCAGCCCUCCUCACGCCCCCCGGGGAAGGGCGGCCUCGCUCCCCGAGCCCAGGAGCAGGAGCAUUCCCGGGAUAACGCGCCGGCCCAGCCAGCUAUGACACCUCCACAGCCUGGGAAACCAUCCAGGCCUUCAAAGGACCCUUGGCCUAUGGACACCGGGGGCAAAUCUUUGCCAGUGCAAUCCAUCCAUUUCUACAACCUGAAAUUCAGUU